AUGAGAAAUAGAGCGAAGCUGAGAGGAACGAAUGUGUAUAUUGAUGAUGACCUAACGAAAUAUGAAAGAGAGAGACAGAGUAGAUUGAGAGUGUGGGCGAAUGAUAGGAGAAAAGAUGGAAUGAAUGCGAGAGUGAAAUAUGGAAAAGUGGUGAUGAAUGGAAAAGAAAGUGCUCACAGUGUAAAGAAAAAAGAAAAUGAGAAGAAAAAGGGAGGGGAGAAGCAUAAAAAGACAGUAGGAGUAAAGAAGAACGAAAUAAUAGGGAUAUUUUGGAAUGUAGCAGGGGUUAAAAAUAAGAGAACGGAAUUUUGGAAAUACAUAGAAGAAUUUGAUAUAGUGGGGUUAUUGGAGACAUGGGUGGAUGAAAAAGAGUGGGAGAAUAUGAAGCAACGAUUGCCGAAAGGGUGGAAAUGGAGAUAUCAAGAAGCAAAGAGAGAGAAGAAAAAAGGCCGAACUAUGGGGGGGGAUAAUAACAGGGGUGAGGGAGGGGAUAGAAGAGGAGGGGUGGAUACAGAGGAGAGGGAAGGUAUACAGGAAAGAAGAAUAAAGAGAAGGAAAGAGAAGUUAGAGCAAUUGAAAGAAAUGAUAAGAGAAGAGGAAGAAGAUAAUCUUAUAAUAGCGGGAGAUUUUAAUGCGAGGAUAGGAGGAGGAGGGGGAUGGGAAGAAGAUGAAAUAGACAAGAUAGAGGAAGGAAGAAAGUCGAAAGAUUGUAAGGUGAAUAAAGAAGGAAAAGAACUGAUAAAAAUGAUAGAGGAAAGAGGAUGGCUGGUACUAUACGGAGAAAAAGAGGAAGAUGAGAGAGGGGAAUGGACAUAUGAAAAAGAUGGAAAAAGGUCGGUUAUAGAUUACGGAAUAGUAAAUUGGGAAGCAGAAAAGAGGAUACAGAGAUUUGAGAUAGGAGAUAGAGUAGAAUCGGAUCAUCAGCCAAUUAUAAUGAAAUGGACAGUAAAGUGGAAAAGGAAAGAAAUAAAAGAAGAAGAAAGUGAAGGAAAAAAAGAGGUAGAAAAGGAAUGGGAGGAAUUGGAAAGGGAGAUAAAAAAGUGUAUACCAGAGAGGAAGAGAGGAAAAAGAAAAGAGCUGAGAUGGGUCCUAUGGUGGGACGAAGAGUGUAGAGGGAAGAAGAGAGAGGCGCAUAGAAGCAGAAGAGAAUAUAGGAAAACACAGGAGGAGGAGGAUUAUAAGAGAUAUAUAAGAAAAAGGAAAGAAUACAGAGAUAUGUGUGAGAAAAAGAAAGAGGAGUAUAGGAUAGAAGAAAGAAGUGAG